AUGUUUCGCAGUGUGGCCAUUUUGUGUGCAGUAGCUGCAGUCUCCAAUGCUGGACUUCUGCCUGCAGCUGUGCACUACUCCCCUGCUGAAGCUGUCUCCUCUCAAAGUAUUGUGCGCCAUGACCAACCACACACAGUUGCCACGAAAUUGGUAGCCACCGCACCUGUGGCCAAAUUGGCAGUCGCCGCUCCAUCCUCUUACUACAACGCUGCCCCCGCCUCUUAUUACAACGCUGCCCCUGCCACUUAUUAUAACGCUGCCCCAGCUGCCGUAACUUACCACGCCGCACCAGCGCGCGCAACUUACCAUUCCACCCCAUCUGCCGUCACAUACCAUGCUGCGCCCGCCCCUGUUGCGUACCACACCAGCCCUGUCCAAUACGCUGCGCCUGUUGCUAAAGUUCUUACCCACCGUGAAGAGGAAAUUGCCUACCCAAAAUAUGAUUUCUCAUACUCUGUCGCUGACGGUCACACCGGUGACAACAAGUCCCAACAAGAGUCCCGAGACGGUGAUGUAGUGAAGGGAUCGUACUCGUUCCACGAGGCCGACGGAUCCAUCAGGACUGUGGAAUACUCCGCCGAUGAUCACAAUGGCUUCAACGCGGUGGUGCACAACUCUGCCCCCACCGGUGCUCCAGCUGUCAUCAAGACUCCCGUCUAUGCCGCUCCCGCUCCCAACCUCUAUUACAAACAUUAA